AUGGAGAACCCGGAUGCUAGAGCGCCUACAAUAUUGGCCCCCAUUUCCUGCCGAAAGAGAUACGAUGCGCCUCGCCUAUGGGACCAAAAACGUAUUGCCAAGGACUUUGCGACAUCCUGCGACACGGCGCUAGUAGUUGGCCCCCACGCGGCUGAUGGCACCGAGUUGUUCAAGAUGUAA